UUCAGAUGUGACUUUGAUAACAGAAAAUUAGAAGCUGCAACAUGUUCGCUUUGAAUUUACUACUACUGGUGGUGUUCGGUAGGGAUGUCCAGGUGGGCCAUGCCGCAGUUGUCGGAGGCAUUUCAAAAGAAUCAAUGAUUGUCCCAGAUGCAUUUUGGACAUUUUCUGCUCAAAACCAUGAAGUAAUCGGAAGUUCUGAAGAGCAUGGCUACAUUCGGAACACAACUUUUGAUACAAACUAUCCUCAAUACACCGGGCCAGCAUUUGACAGGGCCGUACAGUUCUGGGGGACUUCUUCCAGUUAUAUACAGUUUCCUAAUGACCAGGGCGCUCUGGAUGGUACCGACUGGGGGGCGUGGUUCUUCUACAUAAACAUCGACACGGAUGUCGGCGAGGCGACCAUUCUGGAGUACGAGGGGGCGUGUCCUGGAGGUCAAGGGUUGAGCAUCCGGUGUAUCAACGGAUACAUUCACGUGUCAUUCUACACCAGUUCCGGUAAAUACGAAACCGGAAACAGUCCUGUCAAACUCACACCAGGAGUUUGGACAUACAUCGGGGUCACGUGGCACUACCUCCAGCCGAUGGUCUAUGUGAAUUACAAUGGAGCAGAAUUGCAGCAAGUCCUAACCCACAAUCUCCAGUUUGUGGAACGUAUCGAGGCUCAUGGAAAUGUCAAAAUCGGAGGGUCAUUCACUAGCGACACUCCUUUCCGGGGCCAGAUUGCGUGCCUAUGGUACCAGAAAGGUUACUUCUUCAAGAAAAACAAAACUCCUUUGGCGUUCUGUGACUCCAGUCUCCGCUCAAAUGCCAUGUCUCUUGCGGUAACAGACAUUGCAGUACUUCCAGCUUCCGGCUGUAUUCCACAGCUCGUUACUGCCCCCCUAAGAACUGUCGAGGAGAGAUGCCAGGUCGAGUAAAUUUUAAUCUACUAAUCCACCCAGUUCCCCCAACAGUAACCAGGCAAACAGUUAUGGAGCCUACUGUGACUACAGUACCGGCUAUGGAGA